AUGUAAUAGCGGGAAGAAUAAUUUACGUUGUACAAGUUACUGAAUGUGGAACCGAAAGCAACUCAAAAUGAAAUAGUAUGGAAGUUAAUUAUAUUUUUAGAAAAAGUCUUAUCGAUAAUUGGCAUUGUAAUUACAUCCAGAUAAGAAUCAAGCAGAUGUAAAUGCAAAAGAAAAGUUUUAAAAAAUAUCUGAAGCCUAUUAGAUUCUUUCUAAUGAGGAGAAAAGAAAGAUGUAUGAUGAAACUGGGAUGAUUGAGGGGAUGGAUGAAUUUAAAAAUGCAUAUGAGUUCUAUCGUAAUCUUUAUCCGAAGAUCAGCAAAGAGGAUAUUGAUAAAUAUGAGGUCAAGUAUAGAUUUAGUAAGGAGGAGGAGAACGACUUGAUUGAAUUCUAUAAUAAGUAAGAGUGUUUGCCAUAUUCUCGAUAGAAAUAGUGGGAAUGUGAAGUGUUUGCUUGAGAAUAUAAUAUUGAGUAAAAAUGAGGACAUCCCUCGUUUUUUAGAGUUUUAUGACGAGAUGAUAAAGCAAAAGAAGAUAACGGAUUAUAAAAUAUACCAGACCAGCCGAAACAAGAUCAAGACUUUGAGAGAGGACCCAGAGGCAUAAUAGAUCGAUAUGGAUUAAUUGACUAAAUAGAUACGACAAAGACCGAAGAAUACAUUCGAUUAGUUGCUAUAAUAGAUGGAGUAGAAAUAUCAGAAGCCAAAGAAGGUGAAGAGUUAAAAAAAAUGA